AUGGAAGAGCAAACAAAAAUAAGACCUGACUUAGAAGAAGAGGAAUUGUCAGAAGGAGAAAAAUUGUUUGUAGAUGGCUCCUCUGGAGUCAUUGAAGGGAAACGUAAAUCAGGAUACGGGGCUCGGAGCUUCCCCUUUCGGAACCUGUGUGCUUGGAGAUGUUGGAGAAGACCAAGGAGGAGGACACCCAGGAGGAAGAGACAUGAGGAAGAUGUGGAGUCUCUGCACAGCCUUGAGGAGACUGUGCCCAAGGCAACCAAGGAAGAUGUGGAGACUCCAGAGCGCGUUGAGGAGAGUCCAGAGCACAUUGACGAGACUGUAAGCAAGACCAGAGAGGAAGAUGCGGAGGCUCCAGAGCACAUUGACCAGACUACAAGCAAGAUUAGAGAGGAAGACACAGAGAGUCAAGAGCUCAUUGAGAACACUCCAAGCAAGAUAACGGAGGAAGACAUGGAGACUCAAGAGCACAUUGAGAACAGCCUAAGCAAUAUAACAGAGGAAGACACCGAGACUGCAGAGUGCACAGAGGAGUCUCCAAGCAAGCCAGCUGAAGAAGACAUGGAGACUCCACAGAGCCUGGAAGAGAAUGUGAGGAAACAACCUGGGGAAGAUGUGGAGGUUCCACAGAGCGUUCAAGAGAGCACAACUGAGGAUGGAGCUGAAGACGCACAAGAAGGAGCUGUUGACUGUGACACCCUGAGAAGAGCGCAGAUCCAGCAGACUGAGGGUGAAGGAGCAAGAUGGCUCGGGGCUGAAGGAGACCAGUUACCUGCAGAACACGCUGUCAGCCUGGACGAGACGUGCAAAAGCAGGGCCCUGAAAGCUGCAACUUUGGAAAAGCUGGUGGAGACGCUUCCAAUGGCAUUUGCGGAUAAUGACUUUACAUACAUCAACACCUUCCUCUCAACGUACAGGGCCUUUGCUUCCACCAGCACAGUCCUGGAGCUGCUCCUGGACAGAUACGGAAACCUGGAGAUCUCGGGCUCUGAAGAGCGUGGAAGCCAGAAUUCCCCCGGAUCCAGCACAGUGCUCAGGACUGCGAUCGCAUCGAUUUUACAAGCCUGGCUCGACCAAUGUGCCGAGGAUUUCCAAGAGCCGCCCGACCACGUGUGUCUGCUGAAGGUGCUGAGUUACCUGAAGAAGAACAUGCCCGGCUCUGACCCGGAGAAGAGGGCGCAGAACCUCCUGGAGCAGUUCCAGAAAGAAGAACUGGAGAAUGAUGACGCGUUCCACAGCCUUUCUCCCUGCAACCUGGAUGAGGAAGAGGAACUGGAGAUCAGCGGUGCACAAGAAUUCUCAUUGUUCCAAGAAGAGCUGGUGGCAGAACAGCUGACGUACAUGGACGCGACACUCUUCAAGAACGUUGUGCCCCACCACUGCCUGGGCUGCAUCUGGUCCCGCAGGGACAAGCAAGAGAACAAACACCUGGCACAGAGCAUCAGAGCCACCAUCUCGCAGUUCAACGCCGUCACCAACUGCGUGGUCAGCACCGUCCUGGACAGCAGAGAAUUAAAGACACGGCAACGAGCGAAGACCUUGGAGAAGUGGAUCCGUAUCGCACGUCAAUGUAGGAUCCUGAACAACUUUUCGUCUUUGAAGGCCAUUGUUUCCGCACUGCAGUCCACCUCCGUUUAUCGCCUGAAGAAGACCUGGGCCUGCGUUCCAAAGGACACAAUGCUGAUGUUCGAGGAGCUCUCAGAAAUCUUCUCCGACUGUGACAACUUUGCGACGAGCAGGGAGCUGCUGAUGAAGGGAGUCACCCAAGGCACGGUACCUUACCUGGGUACCUUCCUCACAGACCUCGUCAUGCUGGACACAGCCCUUCAGGACUAUCUCGAGGGCGGCCUGAUCAACUUUGAGAAGCGGCGAAGGUUUCCGGCUUUCACGCGAAAUUGAAGGAGCUGCUGACAAGAGUGUCGCAUCGGCCAAAGCUCAGAAGAGCGUGGUGAAGAGAUUCAGCCUGCCGUUCCUGGGCUUGGGGGUGAGCGCCCACAGCACAGCCGUCAACGCGCAGCCCAAACCUGCUCCAGGUGGGAGCUCUGGGGACAGCACCGUCACCAUCGUCCCUCCCACCGACACUGCCGAGGAGCCUCAGCACAAGGUAGGGCCUGGGCCCUGUGUUCAGCACAGACAGCCUGUGCGAGGCUGCUGACGCUGCCGGCGGCCCCAGGCGCUUGCCCAAGCCUGUGGGUCUUGACUAGAGCGUUGCUUGCGGUGGAAUGGAGGGCCCUGAGCUCUGGGAAAGGCAGUUGUGGGGGGAAAGCUCAUCUGCA